AUGCUGAUAUCAAUUGAACAAUUCCUAUUCGUUUUUUAUAACUUUAUCAUAGCUAUUUGCAUUUCAACACAAUGUUCGGUGAGAAAACGCGCUAAGAUUUUUUGCAAACGCGCUCCAAUGAUAAUUUUUUUGCAGAAAUCUUCGACAACCGACGAAAAAGCUGCACCGGACAGCGAAAGUCCACGUCGCCGUAAAAAACCUCCACCAAUCGCCACCUUCCCGUGCGUCUCCUCAAACUCGGCAAGAACCAAAUCAGUGGAAUUUCCCACAGCUUCGUGUCAUCGAGUUGCGCGAAAUCCCGAAACAAGUCAAAAAUCGAUGCGACUCGGUGUGAAAUCAUCGAAAACGAUCAGAAAGAUGCGGGGAGAACAGGAGGUGGAGGAGGAAAAACGGGCGGCAAAUCAAUUGGAAAAGUAUUUGGGUGGUGAUUGUUUUGAGACGACUGGAGUCGAAAAAUCGAAAUCUGUCAAGAAGACGCGUAAAGUGAAGAAUGAUAAUAACGAUGAUAUUGAUCAAACGCUUUUUGAAAAUGAAUGA